AUGAGAAGAACAAAUUCAAUGGAUUCUUGGAAAAGUCCUUUUCUUUUUCCUUUAUUCCUGUGGAGUCACUGCGGCGGGGUGAGGUUCCUGCUCCUGUUGCUGAUUCUGCGUUUGGGGACUUGUGUGGACAAAGUAGAUGAUGAAGAUGAUGAGGAUUUAACAGUGAACAAAACUUGGGUAUUAGCACCAAAGAUACAUGAGGGUGAUGUCACCCACAUCCUCAAUUCUUUGCUUCAAGGCUAUGAUAACAAGCUUCGGCCUGAUAUAGGAGUGAGACCCACAAUAAUUGAAACUGAUGUUUAUGUCAACAGCAUUGGACCUGUUGAUCCAAUCAAUAUGGAAUAUACCAUAGAUAUAAUUUUUGCCCAGACUUGGUUUGAUAGUCGCUUACGAUUUAAUAGCACAAUGAAAGUCUUGAUGCUUAAUAGCAACAUGGUAGGGAAAAUUUGGAUCCCUGAUACUUUCUUCAGAAAUUCAAGAAAAUCAGAUGCUCAUUGGAUAACAACUCCUAAUCGACUGCUUCGAAUAUGGAGUGAUGGAAGAGUUCUCUAUACCUUAAGGUUGACAAUUAAUGCUGAAUGCUAUCUUCAGCUGCAUAACUUCCCUAUGGAUGAACAUUCCUGCCCACUGGAGUUUUCCAGCUAUGGGUAUCCUAGAAAUGAAAUCGAAUAUAAAUGGAAGAAAACCUCUGUAGAAGUAGCAGAUCCUAAAUAUUGGAGAUUGUACCAAUUUGCAUUUGUAGGGUUACGAAACUCAACAGAGAUCUCACAUACACUAUCUGGGGAUUAUAUCAUCAUGACAAUCUUUUUUGAUCUGAGUAGACGUAUGGGAUAUUUUACCAUUCAGACAUAUAUCCCAUGUAUAUUAACAGUUGUCCUUUCCUGGGUGUCAUUCUGGAUUAACAAAGAUGCAGUACCUGCAAGGACAUCAUUAGGUAUAACCACAGUGCUGACAAUGACAACACUGAGCACCAUUGCAAGGAAAUCCCUCCCUAAGGUUUCCUACGUGACGGCCAUGGACCUCUUCGUUUCCGUUUGCUUCAUUUUUGUUUUUGCGGCCCUGAUGGAAUACGGAACCCUGCAUUAUCUCACUAGCAACAAAAAGGCGAAGAAGCUUAAAGACAGGAAGUCCAAACAUAAGUCCAGGAAAUCACCUGCAGUAGCAGUUCGACCUGGAUCUACAUUGAUUCCAAUGAACAGCAUUUCUCAUCCACAAAGAGAUGAAGAUUAUGGAUAUCAAUGCUUGGAAGGCAAAGACUGUGCCAGCUUUUUCUGUUGUUUUGAAGACUGCCGGACAGGGUCUUGGAGGGAAGGAAGAAUACACAUCCGCGUUGCCAAAAUUGACUCAUAUUCCCGUAUAUUUUUCCCAACAGCUUUUGCUCUAUUUAAUCUUGUUUAUUGGAUUGGCUACCUUUACUUAUAA